CACGUCGAGGGUGAGGGUGUACGUUUCCUAAGCUCCUCAACACCUCACUCUACCCCCCAGAGCUGGAGUGAAUAAACUGUCUUGUCCCUACCAGCCAGUUCACCCCUCCAGUUACCAGUCUUCUCUCGGAGAUGCUCGACACAUUGCUGUAUUAGAACAAACUUCGGAGGACAACAUCAGGAGAAGAUACUUCAAACCGUGUGUCUCUUUCCCUGUUGCAGCGCCAUCAAGUUACUUGGAGAUGUCAGUUGCAACAGGCAUGAUAUAGUAGUAGUGAAGCACGCCUUCAGUGAGAGCAGCAGUAAGGUGCUGAGCCCUCAGCAAGAUAUGGUCCUGCAGCAGUAAAGUCCUCAACUUUGUGCUCUGUAGUGGCAAGUACCUUGUAUUGAAGAACACCUCACAUGAACGUCUUCAACUUUCUUCCCUACUGGCACACAAAUUAAAGGUCAUCGACUGAGGCUUUCUCAAGCAGUUGUGGCAAAGAAUGGACCUUUGGAAGACGUCAGAGGAUACAGACGACGAGAACCCCCCCGACGAGGACAUCGAACCCCCGAAAAAGACAAGAUUUCGUCACCGAUGUUUCUUCAAGCACUGUAGAAGCAACAACAGCAGCUUUCCCUCGGGUCACGCCUGGGAACACCUUGCUCACAAGCGUUCCAACCUGGAAUUUCAGAAGGACAUGGAGAAGGAAAUAUAUAGUCAAUAUUACCCUCUCCACUACCAUCCUCCUGCUCCUCCUCCUCCUCGUGACGAAACAAACAUCACUCCCGAAAAUAUCCUGCCAGUGAUUUCAACAUUGACAGCGGAAAUAGCAAAGGGCGAAAGAGAUAGGAAAGUGUCGUCUCGGGUCCUACAGGAUUUAUUAAGGCUUCUUAAGGAUCUUCAGUGUUCCACGUCUCCAAGUAUAUCAAGUUUGACUUCAGCGUCUCCAAGAGUACCAGGCUUGACGACGCUUGCAUCCUCGGGAGUUCCGGAGCUGAUCUCCACGUCCAAACAAGUACCAGGUUCAACACCCGCGUCCUCAGGAAUUUCAAAAUUGACCUCAGCAUCUCCAAGAGCGCCAGGCUCAACCUCCACUUCCCCAGGAUUAACAGACUCAUCCCCCGCGUCCCUGGGUAUACCAUGGUCGUCAGUCACGUCUCCACGAUGCACCUACGUACCAGUGGCAUCUUCCAAGUCCAAAAGAGAACCAGAGUUCACCUCCACGUUCCUAGGAGUACCAGGAUCACCCUCCACAUCCACAAAAGGGGCAUGGUGUUCCUCCAAAUCACAAGGUCUUGGCAUGAAGGGCAUGACGGUAGUACCCGGGUCGCUGCACACGUCAGUGCGUGAGGACCAUGACACCGCUACUAGUUAUCCUCUUCCCAAGUGUUUCAAUGACUCUUCCACCGCCAGUGCCUCCUUCCCAGUCUAUUCUGUCCAUCUCUGCCCCACUCACGUAACCACGACCAUCACUAACAGCUGUCCGUUGUAUUGCGUCCCCUAUCCUCUGCCUCGCACCACAGUCCCCCAAUCCCGUAUUCCUGCUUACCACCAUAUCCACAGCUCGCCAGACAUCCCCAUUCCUGACCUCGCCCCAUGUGAUUCAGUCAGUUUUCCAUCCAAUAUUAGUCAAACACUAUACACUUUCAGCAGCAAUGCUAGUCCGAUAUACUCCUUUCCUUUUUUAGGCACCAACACUCCCACAUAUUCAAAUUCUAUCUGCACCACUAAUUCCGUAUACUCCUAUCCUAUCUCCAGCACCAUUAGACCGACAUUCUCCUAUCCUGUAUCCACAGUCCAAGGUCAGGUCUUUAAGGUAUGCUCUUUAAGUUACUCCAAGGUUUCUAUGUCAUCCUUUCCUCUAACCACUGUGCUUAAUCCUAUCCCUAGUGUGGCUUGUCCUGGCCCAAGAGCAGCUUGGGAUUACCGUCUUCCUAGCGCAUCUAGCCCCAGUCCGGCUCCUAUCCAAGGCUCUGGAUAUAUGUACCAUCCAAAUGGAACUUACCAACAUAUUCUCUCCUACCCAGAGGACGAAGCGCCACCUGCCCCAGCUUCUUAUCGUGUCUCUAACCCACUUAUGUCACUAGCCUACCCCCACCACUAUCCUACCCCAACCCAUGUACGACCACACCAACACCAACAACCUUUCCCUGCCACCAGCCCACCCCCAUCACCUUUCUCUCCAAGAGCCACUCUACCCAACCCAUGCAACCAAUCUACCACUACUUAUAACCGAUCCCACUCCCCCAUCACCCUACCACCAACCACUUCCACCAGCAGCCUACCACUACCAGCACCACAACUCCAUCACACCACCACCUUACCCUCAACCCACUUUAUUAGUACUCCCUUCCCUAACACCAAUCUACCCUCCCUACUACCAACACCCCUUCCCACCACCAACACCCCUCCCCACUGUAAUACACAAGCUCUCAAUUUUAACCAAUAAAACCGGUUUCAAAGCAAGUAUCGCUGGAGGCAGUAUGUUUAUCUCUUGCUCUUCGUGUGAGGGAACUUCUGGGUGGCCGUUAACUCUUAUUCCCUUUCCAUCUUUACUCCCUCUGCAUCCCCGUCCCAUUUUCUCUUUCCUCCGUAUACUUUCCCUUUCCAUCUUUACUCCCUCUGCAUCCCUGUCCCAUUUUCUCUUUCCUCCGUAUACUUUCCCUUUCCAUUCGCCCUCUCCUCCAUCUUCCUUCCCUCCCAUUCUCUCCUUUUCACCUUCUCUAAUAUUCUCCUCUCUUACUCCACCUGUAAUAGCCUCUCUUUAGUUUCUCUUCACUCCUACCCUACCAUCUCACACAGGGUAUACAGACCAAUGUGCAUUCUCUCAAAGUAUAUACGCUAAGAGUUUACUUUAAUAUCUGUUUAAGGGAUUUAAGUAUACUUGUUCAGUGGUGGAAAAGUUAUGAGCAGCCUUAGUGUGCCUCGUGUAAUUGAUAGGCUUUAAACCCCACUAACGAACCAACUAACUCUCUGAGCUGAACAUUCAGCUGUAAUCUCUUGUGUAUAUACGACCCACACACUGAGACACUCAGUGGCAGGAUAAAUAAAGAACAAGUAAUAUAA